CCACCGACUCCACAGAACACAGAAGUAGUAUGAAAAAUGUAUGAAAUGAAAAUGUAAAAACACAAAUUGAAUCAUAAUCAAAAUCAAAAUUUAAACACUAAAACAAUUUUAAUAAAACCAACACACCCGUAUUAAAAUGGCGCCAGCACGAAGCAAGGAAAAUUUGGAUGAGAACAGCGACCCAGAACACCCUAAAAUACUGAAUUUUGACGAUGUAACUGAAGCAUCCGCACGUAUUUCAAAGAUGAUAGAAAGAACGCCUUGUAUUCCAUCCCAUUACCAAAAAGAGUUCGUAAUGCAUCUUACUUAUAAAAUGGAGACUAUGCACAAGUCAGGCAGCUUCAAGGAAAGAGGUGCAGCCAACGUAUUCCAGUUACUACCCGAAAACCAAAAGAAGAUUGGCAUAGCAGUGGCUUCGACUGGCAACUUCGCCACCAGCAUGUGCAUGCACGCAGCCAAGGCGAAAGUGCCGGUGACUGUAGUCAUGCCUGUCAACGUGCCCGUGGCUCGGAUAAUGAGCGUCCACGACCUCGGCGGCAAAGUCUUACUGCAGGGCAACAACUUACUGGAAGCCCAAAAGUUUGCCCGCUUUGUUGCUCAGGAAAGAGGACUCGAGUAUAUCAACAGUCGGGACCACCCGGCCGUGCUGGCGGGGUACGGCUCCCUAGCAGUGGAGAUCAUAGAGGACGUCCCCCUGGUGGAUGCCAUCCUCGUGCCGCUCGGCUCGGGCGGGCUCGCGGCCGCCGUCGCCACCGCCGCCAAGCACCUCAAACCAGAUUGUCUCGUCUAUGGCAUUUCACCAGAAGCCAUGCCAGUUUUCUUUAAAGCGCUAGAAGGUGAUAACCCUUCGUUAGUUAUAGAACCCACUCCAACUUCAGCUGAUGCAAUAGCUGUCACAGCUGUGGGCGUUAAUUCUUACCAGACAGCUAAACCACUAAUGGAUAAAUUGCUAAUGGUAAAAGAAGAGUGGAUAACAAAGGCCAUGACACAUUUAUUGGAGCAAGAAAAAAUGGUGGUCGAAGGUUCUGGAGCAUGUCCCCUAGCUGCCAUUAUCGGAAACCUAGUUCCCGAGUUGAAGACGAAACAUGUCGUCUGCGUGCUAAGUGGUGGGAAUGUGGAUCCCCUGCAGUUAAGUCGAGGCCUGCAAAGGGGAUUAGCGGCAUUCGGGCGGCUCAUCAGGUUUAGUGUGGACAUAGGGCUCGGGCUGAAUUCGUCGACGCAGCUGCUGCGGCUGCUGGCGGGCGGCGGCUACAACGUGGUGUCGCUCGCGCGGGACCUGCACAGGGUGCACGCCGCCGAGGACGUCUUCAAGGUGCAGGUAAAGCUUGCCUGUGAAACUAAAAGCCUGGAACAUGCUUUGGAAUUAAAGAGGCUUCUGGAUCGGGCGUACCCUGACCUGGUGACGUUCGACACAGCACCGUUCAACGACAGAACCACAUGUCCUUGCUUCAUUAAGAGAAAGAAAUCAAGUGUAUGAACACAACCAGAAAUCUUCAAGUAAUGCACUUAUUUUGUAAUAUUGUAUACCGUAACUAUAGAAAUAUCUGCUUUUAAUAUACCAACCCUACCUUUUCUUA